AUGGAGGAUGAGUACAAAGCGUUGUUGCAUAAUGAUACCUGGGAUCUUGUACCUCCACCUCCUCAUAAGAACAUUGUGGGAAAUCGAUGGGCUUAUAAGAUUAAGAGACGUCCGGAUGGGUCCAUUGAAAGAUACAAAGCGCAAUUGGUGGCUCAAUGGUUUACUCAACAAGCCCGUAUUGACUUUGCUAAAACAUUUAGUCCGGUGGUUAAACCAACCACUAUUCGGUUAAUAAUAUCUCUCGCAGUUCACUAUGGCUGGAAUCUUAGACAACUUGGUCUAUCUACCACUUUUGCUCUUCGAGAUCUUGGGGAAGCUCAUUACUUCCUGGGUUUGGAACUGCACCGCAGUUCAGAUGGGGUGCACCUAUCCCAACGUAAAUAUAUUCAUUAUCUUCUCGUCAAGACCAAGAUGCAUGAGGCUAAACCAAUUCACACACCUAUGGCGGCAUCUACCAAACUUGAUGUUACUCAUGGUUCUCCUCUUCCAGAUGCCACCGAAUAUCGCAAUGUAGUAGGGGCCCUACAAUAUAUUAUCGUUACUCGGCUAGACGUCAGCUUCUCGGUUAACAAAGUUUGUCAGUUUAUGAAAGAACCCACUAAUGUUCAUUGGAGUGCAGUCAAGAGGAUCCUCCGUUAUCUUAAAUCCAUAAUUGAUCAUGUCAUUACUUUUCGUACUUCUCUAGAAUUGGCUCUCGAAGCCUUUUCUGAUGCUAACUGGACUAGUUGCCCUGUUGAUCAUCGCUCCCAAGGGAGUUUCUGUGUUUACCUGGGUCGUAAUCUGAUUUCAUGGAGCUCUCAUGAACAGUCCACGGUUUCUCGCUCCAGCACAGAAUUGGAAUACCGUAGUCUUGCCUCCACUGCCGCUGAAAUUCUUUGGCUCCAAAUGUUGCUCACGAAGCUUGGAUUGAAGCUCCCUCGCCCACCUGUCAUCUGGUGUGACAAUUUGAGUGCCAAGUUUCUCUCCUCCAAUCCUGUCCACCAUUCUCACACCAAGCACAUAGAAUUGGAUGUUCACUUUAUCCGAGAAAAAGUUGCAGCCGGCCUUCUUCUGAUCAAUCACAUUCCCAGCCAUGAUCAGAUUGCAGACAUUCUUACCAAACAUCUGCCAUCAACAAGGUUUAAUGACCUUACAGCCAAGCUUAUCGUCUCCAAGAGACCGCUAAGCUUGCGGGGGGAUGUUAGAGUAUCUCAAUAG